AUGUUUGUUGUAGUUGGCGUUGAUGAAAUAAGGGAAGUAUGUGUUGUAGCUGGAGUUGAUGAAAUAGUAGAAAUGUCCAUUGUAGUUGGCGUUGAUGAAAUAGGGGAAGUAUGUAUUGUAGAUGAAUUUGGUGAAAGAGUAGAAGUGUGUGUUGUAGCUGGAGUUGAUGACAUAGAAGAAAUGAGUGUUGCGGAUGGAUUUGAUGAAGUUGUAGAAAUGUCUGUUGUAAAUGUUGUAGAUGAAACAGUGGAUGUAUGUGAUUUAGAUGCCGGAGAUGAAACAGUGGAUGUAUGUGAUUUAGAUGCCGAAAGUGAAAUAAUAGAACCAGUUGCUGUAAAUGGAGUUGAUGAAAUAAUGGAAGUUCGGGUUAAAGAUGGCGUGGAUGAAAAAGUGAACGUUUGUGUUCUAGAUGGUGAUGAAAUAGUGGAAGUAAGUGUUGUGGAAGGAGUUGGUGAAAUAGUGGAAGUAAGGGUUGUAGGUGGUGUUGAUGAAGUAGUUGAAGUAUGAGUUGAAGAUGAUGUUGAUGAAACAAUGGAAGUAAGUGUUGUGGAAGGAAUUGGUAAAAUAAUGGAAGAUUGUGUUGUAGGUGGUGUUGAUGAAGUAGAUGAAGUAUGUGUUAAGGAUGGUGUUGAUGAAACAGUGGAAGUAAGUCUUGAAGAAGGAGUUGGUGAAAUAAUGGAAGAUUGUGUUGUAGGUGGUGUUGAUGAAGUAGCUGAAGUAUGUGUUGAAGAUGAUGUUGAUGAAACAAUGGAAGUAAGUGUUGUGGAAGGAAUUGGUAAAAUAGUGGAAGAUUGUGUUGUAGGUGGUGUUGAUGAAGUAGUUGAAGUAUGUGUUAAAGAUGGUGUUGAUGAAACAGUGGAAGUAAGUCUUGAAGAAGGAGUUGGUGAAAUAGUGGAAGAUUGUGUUGUAGGUGGUGUUGAUGAAGUAGUUGAAGUAAGUUUAGUUGAAGGAGUUGGUGAAAAAGUGGAAGAUUGUGUUGAAGAUGGUGUUGAUGAAGUAGUUGAAGUAAGUUUUGUUGAAGGAGUUGGUGAAAAAGUGGAAGAUUGUGUUGUAGGUGGUGUUGAUGAAGUAGCUGAAGUAAGUUUUGUUGAAGGAGUUGGUGAAAAAGUGGAAGAUUGUGUUGUAGGUGGUGUUGAUGAAGUAGUUGAAGUAAGUUUUGUAGAAAGAGUUGGUGAAAUAGUGGAAGAUUGUGUUGUAGGUGGUGUUGAUGAAGUAGCUGAAGUAAGUUUUGUUGAAGGAGUUGGUGAAAAAGUGGAAGAUUGUGUUGUAGGUGGUGUUGAUGAAGUAGUGGAAGUAAGUGUUGUAGAAGGAGUUGGUGAAAUAGUGGAAGAUUGUGUUGUAGGUGGUGUUGAUGAAGUAGUUGAAGUAUGUGUUGAAGAUGAUGUUGAUGAAACAAUGGAAGUAAGUGUUGUGGAAGGAAUUGGUAAAAUAGUGGGAGAUUGUGUUGUAGGUGGUGUUGAUGAAGUAGUUGAAGUAAGUUUUGUUGAAGGAGUUGGUGAAAAAGUGGAAGAUUGUGUUGUAGGUGGUGUUGAUGAAGUAGUUGAAGUAAGUGUUGAAGAUGCUGUUGAUGAAAUCGUAGAAGUAUGCGUUGUAAAAAGUGUUGAUGUAUUAGUGGAAGUCUGCACUGUAGAUGGAGUUGUUGGAAUUGAGGAUGCUUGUGUUGUAUAUGGCGUUGACGAAGAUGUUGUAGAUGAUGCUGAUGAAAUCAUCGAAGAAUAUCGUUUUGAAGAUGGCGUUGGUGAAAUAGUGGAAGUACGUAUUAUAGAUUGUGUUUGUGAUGUAGAGGGAGUUGAUGAAAUAUUAGAAACAUGUUUUGCGAAUGCAGUUGAUAAAAUAAUUGAAGUAUUUGUCGUAGAUGACGUUGAUGAAAGAAUGGAAGUAUAUAGUUUAGAUGUCGUAGGUGAAACAGUGGAUAUAUGUGAUUUAGAUGUCGGAGAUGAAAUAAUGGAAGAAAUUGUUAUAGAUGGCGUUGGUGAAAUAGUGGACGUGGAUGUUGUAGUUGAUGUUGAUGCAAUCGCGAAAGAUUGUACUGUAGAUGGCAUUGAUAAAACAGAAGAAGUAAGUGUUGUUGAUGGCAUUGGUGAAAUUGAAGGGCUCUGCGUAAUUGACUGA